AUGUCUACUUAUUUAGAUUACCAAGUUUAUAUAUUAGACUUUGUGGCUUUGUGGCUUAGAGCAUCUGUCCUGGAUGCUUGCAUACAUGAGGUUGUUGGUUCAACUCUGGCAGAAGGCAAGUUUAUUAUAAGAACAGGUUUAGAGGGGGGUUUUCCAGAUGGAGCAACCACGAGCACUGUCGCCCCGAUAGAGAACACUUCUGUAAACACCAAUGAUGGAGCAACCACGAGCACUGUCGCUUUGACAGAGAAUGCUUCUGCAAACACUGUUCUCUCCCUUAAUAAGGCAUCCCCUGUAGGUCCAGAGAGUGGUGCCAACGCAUCCAUUGAGCCAGCCACCUACAAUACUGUCAGCAGUGUUGUUGAGACGUCCAACGCUUCCAUCACAACCACCGGCUAUACUAAUAAGGGGCAUGCUGCCAUAGAACAAUCAACAACGACCACUGUAAUGACACCAAAUCCUGGUGUGAGCAUAGAACAAGCCUCGGGAGCAAUCACAAUGGCAUCAAAUCCCAGAGUUCCCUCCACAUGCACGAGCUCCACUGAAGCAAGAGAUGGCAGCAAUAGUGUGAAGGACACUGGCCAACCUUUGUGGCCACUACAUAUGGUGACCACAAGAAACAUUUGCGGAGCUUGGUGGAAGGAACAAAAUUGUGAUGCUACCAAGAAAGCCUUUGAUACCUAUUGGAAGAUGUUGUUCAAGUUGGACAAAAAGAUCUACACUACUAAAGCAAAAUCAAUGAAAGCGGCGCGAGGCACAGGAGGUAGCUAA